CUCUGCUCUAGCUGUGUGUGAUGGUGCUUUCUUCUUCUGCUUUGCUGACCAUGAAUGACUCUGCUGUUGCUUCCAAUGUGUCUGUUAAAAAAAGGAAAACUGAUUCUUCUGUUUCUCCAUCCAGCACGAGUGCUUCCAAGAUCUUUUCUCCAUACAGAUCAAUUGGGAAUAUAACUAACAAUGUUCCUUUUGCCAUUGGCACCUUGGGUAAAACGUACUACAUAGUCACCAGUGUUGGGAAUUUUUUCCAGGUAUACGAUGCUCUAACCUUGAAUUUGCUAUUUGUCUCAAAGACGUUUUUACCAUCGAAAAUCACAAAUAUUUACUGUCAUUAUCACUACAUUUUCGUAACAUAUCAGAAUAAGAUCAACAUUUAUAAAAGAGGUAGUUUAAUUAUUUCUUUGGACUCAAAAUUGGAUUCAAACUACCCAAUCAAUAAUCUUUUGACCUUUGGUGAUUAUUUGAUUGUCUCUAAUUCAAAUAACCAAAUUUCCCUCUUCAAGAAACCAGUCUCAAUUGACCAAAAUGAUGAAAUCAUUAAAAAUAACACAAACUUUCAGGAUUUACUAAAAUUGCCAAUCAAAUUCUACAACACCAUCAAUUUAUCAAACGCCAACUCUGACGAUUUAAUUGUUAAAAUAAUUCAUCCCUCAACUUACUUGAAUAAAUUGAUCAUCGCAACAACUUCGCACAUUUUAAUUUACAAUAUCAAAACAAUAAAUUUAAUAUUCAAAUCAAAUUUAAAUAGCAUAUUCAGUCGCACUGAACAGGAUACUUCUCAAAGAAAUAAAAAUUAUCUUGGGGCCAUAUCAACAGUUGAAAAUUCCACAGUAUUGGAUAUCAUAUUAAUUGCAACCAAUUUAGGAAACUUGAUUUUUUAUGAUUUCAGAAAAGAUAAAGUAUUAAAAAUAAUAAAAACUUACUCAAGGAAAUCAGGGCCCUCAAAUCUUACUCCAAUAACAUCUCUAGCUUUUAGAUCUGACAGCUUUCCUCACUUAUUAAUAGCCUUUAAAAAUGGUAAUUUAUCUGUCUUUGAUUUAAAUUCUUUUCAGCAAAUUUAUCUAUUGCAAAGUGUCCACAAACAAUCCUUCGGUGGUAUAUCCAAUGUCAAGUUUCUAAAUGGUCAACCCAUUUUCAUCACAAAUGGUGCUGACAAUCAAUUGAAAGAAUACAUCUUUGAUCCUUCUUUCUCCUCUAAUAAUGAAAAAGCAAUCAAUGAUUCCUCUUUAGUUCCUUUACCAAGGUUACUAAGAUCAAGAGCUGGUCAUUCUGCUCCUCCAACUUCAAUUCUUUUUACAGCCCAUCAAUCCCAUUUCAUUCUUUCAGCCUCAACUGAUAACUCAUUUUGGUCUUUUUCAUUAAGAAAAGAUUCUCAAAAUCAAAAACUAUCAUUUAAACAGUCUAAAAAAAAUAAAAAAAUCAUGAACAUCAAUAACUCAAACAAUAGCAAUGACCACAAUAAUGAAAUCAUAUCAAUGGAUUAUCAAAUAUUAAAAGAAGACGAUUGGGAUAAUAUCCUAACUGCUCAUAAAAAUCAAAAUUUUGCCAAUACUUGGUCUUUUAAAAAUAAAAAAAUUGGCAAUUUCAAAUUACAAUCCUCCGAUAAUUCAAAUAUUAAUACUGUUAAAAUCUCUUCUUGUGGAAAUUUUGCCUUUUUAGGCACUGCUAAUGGAAAUAUUGACGUUUAUAACUUGCAGAGUGGUAUACUAAGAAAAAAAUUCAAAUUGCACAAAAAUUCUGUAACAGGUAUCAUUAUAGAUUCCAUGAAUAACAAAAUGUGCUCUACAAGUUUAGAUGGUUACAUUGGAUUUUACAAUUUCAGAAACUCAAAAUAUUUAAGCAAAAUUAAUCUUGAAUCUCCCAUCACUAAAAUUGUUUAUAAUCCCAUUUCGGAAUUAUUGGGUUUGGCCUUGGAUGAUUUAUCUAUUAUAAUCAUAGAUUUUGAAACUAAAAGAAUUAUUCGUCAAUUAUUUGGCCAUACAAACAGAAUAACAUCUUUAGAUUUUUCUCCUGAUGGCAGAUGGAUUGUUUCAAGUUCUUUGGAUUCAACUUUAAGAGUUUGGGAUUUGCCAACCGGGAACUGUAUUGAUGGUUUCAAAAUAUCAAACAUAAUUACUAAUCUUAAGUUUUCUCCAAAUGGUGAUUUCUUAGCUACUUCUCAUGUAAAUGGCAAUGGUAUUUCACUAUGGAAUAAUAAAAGCCAAUUUAAAAUGAUCUCAGUCAGACAUGUUUCUGAAAAGGAUUUUAAGCUAAUCGAUGUUCCGAAUAAUACUUCUGCUGGUGGUCUGGGCAUAAUAGAUUCGGCUUUUGAUAAUGAUAAUCAAGAUAACGACGACUCUUUGAACAGUUAUUCUACAGUUGAUCAAAUAAGCAAAGAUUUAUUAACUUUGUCUAUAGGUCCAAGAUCAAAAUUCAACACUUUGCUAAAUUUAGAUACAAUUAAACAGAGAAAUAAACCAAAAGAACCACCAAAAAAGUCAGAAAAGGCUCCUUUCUUUUUAUAUGAAACUGAAGAUAAAUCACAAAAUAUAACUUCAAAUGGAAAAUCAGAAAAAAUUGAAAAGCUCGUCAGCACUGAAAAUCAAAAUUCUGAUAAUAAUAAUAAUAAUAGUGAAAAGAUUCCUUCACUCACAAAUCCCGAAAGACCAUUGAAAUUUUUCAAUAAUGAAAAUACAUUAGCUUUUGAAUCAAAAUUCACAAAAACAUUAAGAGAAUGUUCUGUCUUGGAUGAUUACACAAUAUUUUUAGAUUUAAUUUCAACAUCCUCUCCUUCCAGCUUAGAUUUAGAAAUCAAAUCAUUAAACACAAAGGAUUCCUCUUUAUCAGAAAUCAAAUUAUUUGUGAAAGCCAUGAUCCACGGAUUAAAUUCUAACAAAAAUUUCGAGCUUUACCAGGCAUUAAUUAAUCUAUUAUUGAAAAAUCAUGGGGAUUUGAUAUCCAGUAGUUUGAACGACGAACAAGAAUUGGAGUCUUUGCUAGAUGAAUUAAAUAGAAUAAAUAAUGAAAAAACAAAUAGAAUUGAUGAAUUGAUAAGAGUCUCGGCAAGUAUCGUUAAUUUUUUUCAAACCUAAUUGAUUGAUUUAAGAGUCAAAAUUUAUCUUUUAAUACAUGAGUUUGAUUGACACAGCAUUGUUUUUAAUCACAUUUCGAAAAUGCUUAAAUUCAAGAAAUUUUUUUGUAAAAAUCGCAUAGAGCUUCCAAUUUGUACCCAUGUCAUACUAAAUUACUGCUUUGGCUCAUACUUUUAUUGUGAAUGGGAAACUUCUAUGGUUGAUUAUUCAGCGAUCCGGUUUUAUGUUUGCUGUCUUACUUUCCUACUUGUAAUUAUGAUCAUAAAGCUUUUAACAGAAGAGUGCUAUUGGAAAAGACGCAAUUUCAUAAUUCUCUUCAUAGACAGUGAUUUUUGUAUAAUGGAAUAUAG